UUGUAGUUAUUAAGAAAUUUAUGAUUCAGGGUGGAGACUUCUCAAAUCAGAAUGGGACAGGUGGAGAAAGUAUUUAUGGUGAAAAAUUUGAAGAUGAAAAUUUCUACUAUAAGAGCAACAAAAAUCAUCGCUAAUAUCCAUGAUGUCAGGGGAUUUGCAAACUAGUGGAUGUGGUUAAUGUCCAAGCUUCUAAAGGACAUUAGUGGUACCUGUGCCUUCUUCAUUGGCUCAAGAUCUAAUCGGGGUAUAUUGCAUCAUUCAAGUUUUAAGAAUGGACAUCAUGAUCGGGAGGGUUUAUUGAGCAUGGCAAACGCAGGCCGCAAUACAAAUGGUUCUCAGUUCUUUAUCACGACAGUUCCGACUCCUCAUUUGGAUGGGAAGCAUGUGGUGUUUGGCCAAGUAAUUAAAGGCAUAGGUGUGGCAAGGAUGCUGGAAAAUGUAGAAGUGAAAGGUGAAAAACCUGUCAAAUUGUGCGUUAUUGCAGAAUGUGGAGAACUCAAAGAAGGGGAUGAUUGGGGAAUAUUACCAAAAGAUGGCUCUGGCGAUAGUCAUCCAGAUUUCCCAGAGGAUGCAGAUAUAGACUUAAAAGAUGUAGAUAAAAUUUUACUAAUAACAGAAGACUUAAAAAAUAUUGGAAAUACUUUUUUCAAAUCCCAGAACUGGGAGAUGGCCAUGAAAAAAUAUGCAAAGGUUUUAAGAUAUGUGGAUAGUUCAAAGGCUGUUAUUGAGAAAGCAGAUGGAUCUAGGCUGCAGUCUAUAGCCUUAAGCUGUGUGCUGAAUAUUGGUGCUUGUAAACUGAAGAUGUCAAAUUGGCAGGGAGCAGUUGACAGUUGUUUAGAGGCUCUUGAAAUGGACCCAUCAAAUACUAAAGCACUGUAUCGAAGAGCUCAAGGAUGGCAAGGAUUAAAAGAAUACGAUCAGGCACUGGCUGAUCUUAAGAAAGCUCAGGAGAUAGCACCAGAAGAUAAAGCCAUCCAGGCAGAAUUGCUGAAAGUCAAACAGAAGAUAAAGGCAGAGAAAGAUAAAGAGAAGGCAGUAUAUGCAAAAAUGUUUGCUUAGAAAGGAUUCAAUUUUGCUUAAAUAUUAUGCAUUUAUUGUAUAAAGGCAAUAAGACAAUGUAAGAGUUAUUGUCUAUAUGUGAUUGCUAAUGUGAUUCCUUUGACAUUUCAGUUCUUCAUUUAUCUCUUUGGUCACUUUAAAAUACUGAUACAGGUUCCCUGUUAAUAAAAAGUGGCAAAAAAUACAGUGAAGUUCAUUUAAAAAUUCUAUCUGUACUUUCAUAAAGAAUGGUGUGCAGUUUGCUUUUUUUUUUUAGUAUUUAUAUUUUAGUUAUAGGUGGAUACAAUCUUUAUUUUUAUGUUGUAUUGAGGAUCGAAACCAGUGCCUCACGCAUGGUAGACAAGCAUUCUACCUCUAAGCCACAACUCCAGACCUCCAGUUUGCUUUCAAACUCCUUAAGUUAUAUCUUGUUGAAUGAACUGAUGAACACUUAUUUGUAUAUUGUUUCCCUCAAUCCUUAUACAUUAUGUGGUAAGUCUGUGCUGGUGUUUUAUGCUUAGAGAUGACACUUAGGAUUUGGCAGUUUUUCUGUGAAGGGCCAGAUAGUAAAAUUUUUACAGUCACCAUCUAGUCUGUCACAAUUACUCAGUUCUGUAGUUAUAACUCAAGACAGUGUAUAACCGAUGGGCAUGGCUGGUUCAGUAAAACUUGAUUCAUAGUAAGUGCUGAGUUAGAUGCUAAUCCCUGGUCUAGAAUGUGUAUUCAGUUUUACAUUUGAAGAUUUAAAUUUGGUAAAUCAACUGUAUAGUAAAGCCCAAUAAGGCAUUUUGCUGUUGGUGCUGAAAUCUUGAACAUCAAAGAGGUAAGUAAAUGCUACAUAAUUUUUAGUUUUAUUGUAAGAGGAAAUGUUUCAUAAUUUUUAUGGGAUAAUUUUACAUAGAUAUAGUAUAAAACAUUUAUUUCACCAGUAGUUAUUCUGUGAAGGAAAAUUGUUAACUUCUGAAUAUUUUAAUGUUAGUUUGCUAUACAUUUACAUUUUAAAUGUAAAUGUGCCUGAAAUGAAAUAAAUUGCAGUUUACAUUCCAUUAUAAGCUGGUCCUCCUCCACCUUCGGGCACCACCCAGUUAAUAUUCUGACUUGGAUCUUUAAUAUCACAUGUUUUACAGUGCACACAGUUCUGAGCAUUUAUCUGUAACCGAAAUCCAUCACCUUGUUCCAAAGGUACAAAUUCAUAAACUCCUGAAAGUAAAAAUGAAUAAUGUUAAUGGAGUGGUACUAGGGAUCAAACCUUGGGCCUUGCAUAUGCUUGACGAGCACUCUCUAAGCGGUAUAUCCUUAGCACUUUAAUUUUUUUGUUUUAAAUUUUGACAUGGUCUUGCUAAGUUGUCUAGACUGGUUUUGAACUUGUGAUCAUCUUUCCUCAGCCUCCUGAGUAGCUAGUAUAACAGGGGUAUGUCACCAUACCCUGAUCAACAGUAGAAUUAAAAAUCCUCACCUACAGAAACCUUAGAAGUUGUUUUCUGAAUGCUAGAGAAUGUCAUUAUAUAAUGACAAUCGUGGUGUGUGCUGCGGGCUGCUGUUAGUUUAUAAAUGUAUAUAAGAUAAAGUAAAGUAGUACUGACUAGGUGAGUCUAACAAGGGUCUUUGGUACUUAGCCAUCUUUGAGAUACACAAACAAACACACACCCAUGCUAUAGCUAAUAAAAGAAAUCCACCCCACAGUGAUGCUAAAAAGGUCCUUGCAUUUGAAGGGCUUGCUUACAUUCUAAUUUCACUUGAGAAUGUAUUUAUUCUCACAUAUCUGUAUACUGUUGGUUCUACCAUAGCAUUUGAGACCUGGUUUGGAUUAAUCUUAGCUGAAAGCAGUAAGAAGAUAUCAUAUUCAUGGUGAAUUUAAAGUUUAGGACCACUCCUAAACUCAGUAUGGCCAUAACCUAGUUUAGCAUGUGUGUGCACACAGGAGCUGCCAUGACAAAAGUAACUUUUUAAUAACUGUUCUUUGUUACAAGAACAGAGGUGGUAUUUUGUGUUCCAUAAUCCUUAUCUUGGUCUGACAUUUCUGGAGAAAUGUCAUCUGAAUUAGGUUUAACCAAAAUUCCCUAUUAUUUUAUCAUUGUUAACUAUUAAUGCUAAUUGCAAACUCAUUUAGGUAUGAAUUUCCUAAAAAGAGCUGAGUGUAGUGGUCAUAACAAUUUCCAAGCAAUGGAAAUAAAUAAUUCCUAAAUGGAAUAAUUUCUAAAAUAUUUGAAGCAGAUAUCUAUUAAUAUUUAGGAAUGGAAGGAAAUUAUUACCUGCAGGGCAGAAUCGCUGCUCAGGCCCAUCAUAUAUUGAUAGAUUUCUGUUUACAGGUAUGCUGUCAUCCUUUAAAGUUAAAUGUGCUGGCUGGUCAUGUUCAUGAUUAGUACCACUUAAAGCCACAGAUGACAAGAGAUCAAAACUGAUCUGUCCAUCAGGUUUUGGAUAUUCAAUAGGUGUGCAAUCUUUGGCUGGCUUAAGCUGAUCAGAGUCAGAACCUUCAACAAUUUUCAGAAAAAUAUUUAACAUAACAACAGUUUUCAAGUAUAUGUAUGUUUUUUGAUGCUGGGGAUUGAACCCAGGCUCCUGUGUAUGCUAAGCACACCCUCUACCACUGAGCUUUAUCUCCAACCCUCCCUACAUUUCUACCUCCUCAUCAGUGCCUUCUAAAAGAUAGGCAAGUGUUCUUAACACUGAACUGCACCCCUUCCCAUUUUCAAGUACUUUCUUAACCUGAAAAUAACGCCAAAGAAAUACGGCUUUAAUCCUCUAGUUACAGAUCUUUGAAAGACAGCAAUUAUAAUUUCUCUAAGCAAGCAAGCUUAUAAAACAUGAAAAGGUAAGGUCUUUUUCUCCAUUAAUUAAUAGGUCCCAUUUAUAAGCUUUUAAAGAUUAUAACAUUGACAUUUUAAAAUGUUUGAAUUACCUUUAUGUUUUAGGGUCCAUGGUUCCAUUCCUCUCAAUAUCCAGUAAAAUAUUCCAGUGUAAAUCAUCCCUCCAUAUAAACCCAAUGCUCCAUGGCAGGAAGGUCUUAUGUUUCUAACAGAAUACAGCUCUUUCCACACCCAAGAUUUCUUCAAAUUGUCCUCAUACUCGGUUACAUGGAGCCCUUUCAUGAAAAACAUGAAAUGUUAACUGUAAAACAGCCUUAAGCUGCAUAAAAUACUCUAUUGUUAAGGUAUUUUGAUAAUGAAAUAUCUGAUUAGUAAGUCGUAAGUAAUUUUUAAAUGUUGGAAUCUUCCAAAAACAUAAUAAUUUGAUAUACAUGUUUGUUGAUAGUAAACAUUUGCUUUCUAUGAUUGUUUGUGGGUGCUGGGGAUCAAAUCCAGGUCUUUGCUUAUGACAGGCAAGUACUCUACAAUUGAGCUACAGUCCCAACCCUGAAUACUUAACACUGGUAGUAAAGAAAAUUAGUUUGAAAAUUCAGCAAAACUGAGAAGAAAGCUUAAAAAGUUCAUGCUACCAGUAAGUGAAAAUUUGUAUACCAUCACAGAAAACACCAACUGUGUCUGGAUUGAAAUAUUUCCAUGUGAAAACGUAUUUUGAAGUCCUAAACUCCAAAAUUUAAUAAGACUUUUACUUUAUAAUAGGGUGGUUCCAGAUGUAAUUAAGGCUUCCUGGAGUAGAAUGGGUCCCUAAUUUAAUAUGGCCAGUGUUCUUUUAAAAAGAUGGAGACAGAGACUAAAUUGCCAGAAGCCAAGGAAUGUUUAAGGCUACCAGAAAUUGGGGAGGCAAGAUAAGAUUCCUCUACAGAGACUUCAGAGAGGCAAUAUUCCUGUUAAUCUUUGAUUUUGUGCUUCUAGCUUACAGAACUUGGAAAGAAUAAAUUGUUGUUUUAAGUUACCUACCUAGUUUAGGAUACUUUGCUAUGGUAGCUCUAGGAAAUUGUAAUACCUAAAAUAUGGUACACUACCUUUAGGAUUUAAGAAGACAAUUGGUUCUUCUCAUUGUCUUUCAUGAACUCCACAGUGACUAUGCUUUUUUCAGUUAUUGUUUCCUGUCCUUGCUUCACUCCUUUUUCUCACAGGCUUUAUUCCUUGCCUUUUGUGAUACACUGGCUCAGUACUAUGCGUUGGUAUUAUGGGUAUAUGAUAUAGUUGAAGUAUGGCUGGUGGUCCAAUAAGGAACAAUAUUUGACAAAAACAUUAGGAAAAAUUUCUACUCAACCAUUCCAUUUCUGACUUAACUUUUCUGUGUUGUACCUCAUCCCCUCUACUCCCACAUGCAAGGCCUCCAUUCCUACAAAGACAUUUGAAGGCAUAACCAAGCUGCAUAGUUUUUAAUUUUCUACAGUGUACAUGCUAGGUAAUUACCACUGAACUGUAACCUCCCACCCCCCAAGUUGUGUAAUUCUAACUCGUGGAACAUUUGUUAUCUGUGAUUUUAAGGAAUAAAGCUAUUAUCAAGUUA